CGCGCUCGCGCAGCAGCCCUGUCCGGUAGGAUGGGACCAGUAGCCACAUCUCCAUGCCUGCCUGCCUGACCGUUACAGUCUACUUCCUGAAAGGAAGAAUGGGACAUUUCCAGCCGCACUUUUCUUUGCCGUGCGCGUUGCCCUCGGUCGCGCUGACGCCGCGGAUAAUCACUUAGUAAUGAUCUCGGUCAAUCAAUAUUGAAACGACCACUUUUUUUUUCUUCUUCACCGCUGUAGUUACAGACAGCGAAUCGAUCGCCGAUUGACCCCCCACCACCACCACCACCACCAACACUUGGGGAAUGUCGCUAUCUGGAAGCCCGCUACAGGCACGGUGGAGUCCCACAACACGUUUUGAACAGUUUGUGCACGACGGCGUGCGAAACGUUUUAUUCCGCGAGGCUAAAAGCAGCCUCAGCUCGGACUGGAGGCGAAUUAAUGUGUGUUUUCCCCCUUCUUUUUGCCCCUGUAAAGCAGUGAGUCUGUAGCGUAACCGCUAACCAACACUUUGAUGCUGUGAGCUUCGUGGCUGCUGUACCAACUUCGCUCGUGUGAAUAUUAGUGCUGUUUUUUUUCCCCCUUCUCUCCUCCGUUUUUUAAGAAGAGACAAGACUUGCAUACAAACAUAUACAAAACUUUGUCACCCGUUGGCUCCUUCUUCUUUUUUUCGGGGGGGGGUCUCGAUGAGUUGACUAACAUGCGGAGGAUACGGCAACCGAGUUACUGGUGGAUUUUAUCCUUAAUAUUUUUAACCUUGCCCAAACACAAAGACUGUCAUCCCGUUGCAUUGGACGACCAGCCCACCUAUGCUGGAGACAGGCAUCACGAGGGCACCCGCGUAAUGAGGCAGAGGAGGGCAGCUGGUGACCCCUACUGGUCCUAUUCAGGGAGCCACGGACCCCGAGGCUGGGCCGCGUCGUAUCCAGAAUGUGCGGCAAAGAACCAGUCGCCUGUGGACAUCGCGGACGAACAAGCUCUGGUUUCAGAGGAGUACCAGGAGCUGGUGCUGGACAAAUUCAACACCGAGUCCUCCAACCUGACCACAAUGAAAAACACUGGAAAGACAGUUGCUGUUCUCCUGAAGGACGACUACUUUGUCAGAGGUGCCGGACUGCCAGGUCGCUUUAAGGCUGAAAAGAUGGAGUUUCACUGGGGACAGAGUAAUGGAUCAGCGGGCUCGGAACACGGCAUAAGUGGCAGGAGGUUUCCCGUGGAGAUGCAGAUCUACCUUUACAAUUCGGAUGACUUUGACAGCCUCAGCGCUGCCAUCAAGGAAAGACGCGUCAUCGCUGCCAUGGCUGUCUUCUUUGAGCUGGGGCAAAAAGACAAUCCAGCUGUGGAGCCUAUCAUCCAGGGCCUGAAAGGAGUAGUGCAUCAUGAAAAAGAGACCCACCUCAGGUCUUUUAUCCUGAGGGAUCUGCUGCCGGCGUCCGUGGACAGUUAUUACCGCUACACGGGCUCUCUGACCACGCCUCCCUGCAGCAAGGUGGUGGAGUGGAUCAUCUUCUCCAGGCCGGUGUACCUGUCCUACUCGCAGCUGGAGGCCUUUUAUUCCAUUUUUACAACAGAGCAACAGGAUCAUGUCAAGUCUGUGGAGUACCUGAGGAACAACUUUCGGCCCCUGCAGUAUCUGGACAACAGGAAAGUCUUCAAGUCGGCUGUGAGAGACGCGUGGCAGAAAGAUUUGACCGAGAUCCUGAGAAACCCCCACAGCACCGAGGCGUCAAGAGUGUGCAGCAGUGCGCCAGUGAGCAUGAAGAUCCAGCCACUGAACCGGACGGCGCUGAUGGUGAGCUGGGAACGCCCCCUGACUGUCUACCACCCGCCCAUCACCAGCUACAUGGUCUCCUACAGCUGGGUGAAACGUGACGUCGCCGACGAAAUUACCUUCACCAAGACGGGGGACCAGAGCAUGAAAGCAGUCAUCACAAAUGUGUCCCCUGACAUCCUGUACCUGUUCAGAGUGCAGGCGGUGUGUCAACAUGACCUCCGCAGUGAUUUCAGCCAAACACUGCUGUUCAGAGCAAAUACAACAAGAAUAUUUGAAGGUUCUCGUAUUGUGAAGACCGGGAUGCCCACAGUUUCUCCAGCUUCCUCUGCAGAUAUGGCUCCAAUAAGUUCUGGUUCCUCCACUUGGACGUCGUCUGGAAUCCAUUUCUCCAUUGUCUCCAUGGCAACGGGGAUGGGCCCCUCCUCCAGUGGUAGCCAGGCCACCGUGGCAUCAGUAGUGACAAGCUCCUUGCUGGCUGGCUUGGGUGUUGGCGGAGGGGUCAUUUCUUCUUUGCCGAGUUCGGUGUGGCCCACACAUUCACCGCAAGCCCCUCAGAACUCCAACCGUCCGACAGCCACGCCUGCAAAGUCCAGCACUGAGCAAACGGGUGUCCAGGGCUCAGAGACGGACACCCCGUCUGAGGACAAACAGGCUGCGGGUGAGGGCGAGGACGGGGAGGGGGAGGGGGAGACGGAAGGGGAGAAGGAGGAGGGCGAGGAUGAGAAAAAGAAAAAGCCCAAGAAUGCACCUGAUAAUGAGGAAAAUCAAGACAACAGCACAGUGUCCGUAGAGCCUAUCAUCCCCACCCCUGCAUCCACAGCCAAAGAGAAAGGCGAUGGGAAGCCGACGGCUAAAGGCACCGCGGUACCCGCGAGUACGGCGGAGGACCGUUUGGUCGUCGCGGAAAAGAACCGCACGGAUGCAAACGCCGUCUUCACUCAGGAGCCCCGCAAUGACAGUUCUGAGAUGCAGAUCCCCGAGAGCUCCACGCUGACGCCGAAGAUCAGUAGCGACGGCAGGAAAAUCUGGCCUUUCUCUGUCCACACUGACCGGACCACUUUGUCCAACGUCACCCGAAGUCCACCUCCGGGAAUGGGCAGGAUGGUGUGGAUUGUCCCUUUGGUGGUGGUGUCCGCUCUUACCCUGCUCUGCCUCAUAAUGCUGCUGAUUGUGAUGGUCUAUUGGAGGAGAUUCUUCCAGACAGCUCACUUCUAUGUGGAGGAGAGCAGCUCUCCACGGGUGGUGGCCAAUGAAAAUAUCCCUGUCAUCCCAAUACCAGAUGACAUGGACGCCAUUCCCGUUAAGCAGUUUGUUAAACACGUCAUGGAGCUCUACAAGAACAACCUGCAAGGAUUUGCCGAGGACUUUGAGGAAGUUCAGCGCUCGACUGCAGACCUGAAAAUCACAGCCGAACACUCCAACCAUCCCGACAACAAGCACAAAAACAGAUACAUCAACAUCGUGGCCUAUGACCACAGCAGGGUGAAAUUACGAGCGCUGGCCGGGAAGGACGCCAAACAUUCAGAUUACAUCAACGCCAACUAUGUGGAUGGCUACAACCGUCCCCGAGCAUAUAUCGCUGCGCAGGGUCCUCUCAAGUCCACGUUUGAGGAUUUUUGGAGGAUGGUGUGGGAGCAGAACACUGGAAUCAUUGUAAUGAUCACAAACCUGGUGGAGAAAGGAAGAAGGAAAUGUGACCAGUACUGGCCGAUGGAGAACAGCGAGCAGUACGGGAACAUCGUGGUGACGCUGAAAAGCACCAAAGUGCACGCCUGCUACACACUGCGGCGUUUCCAUAUCAGGAACACUAAAGUUAAAAAGAGCCAGAAGGGGAAUCCAAAGGGGAAGCUGAAUGAACGCAUUGUGGUCCAGUAUCACUACACUCAGUGGCCUGACAUGGGAGUACCAGAAUACACCCUCCCCGUGCUCACGUUCAUCAACCGCUCAUCAGCAGCCGCUCACUCUGCAGACAUGGGUCCCGUCCUGGUGCACUGCAGUGCAGGGGUUGGGCGCACAGGAACAUACAUCGUCAUUGACAGCAUGCUGCGACAAAUCAAGGACAAAAGCACAGUCAGUGUCCUGGAUUUCCUCAAACACAUCCGCACACAACGCAACUACCUAGUGCAGACGGAGGAGCAAUAUGUUUUCAUCCAUGAUGCUCUGACGGAGGCGAUCCUGUGCAAAGAGACAGAGGUGCCUGCCUGGCAGCUGCACGGUUACGUCAACAGCAUCCUCACGCCCAACUCCACAGGCUACACGCGGCUGGAGAAGCAGUUCAGGCUUCUGACUCAGUGCAACACGCGCUUCGUCGAGUGCUUUAGUGCCCACAAAGACUGCAACAAGGAAAAGAACCGCAACUCCUCAGUGGUUCCCUCGGAGCGAGCAAGGGUUGGACUCACCACUUUGCCUGGAAUGAAAGGAACAGAUUACAUUAACGCGUCCUACAUAAUGGGUUACUACAGGAGUAAUGAGUUCAUCGUGACCCAGCAUCCCUUGCCCCACACCACCACAGACUUCUGGAGGAUGAUUUGGGACCAUAAUGCUCAAAUCAUUGUCAUGUUGCCUGACAACCAAGGCCUGGUACGCAGCAUUUAA